GGGGGGGACUGGAGGAGCGGCCGUCUGCCCCCCCCCCCGGAGGCCUGCUCUGUGGCCCUGGAGGAGCGGCCGGGCUGCUUUGACCGGUCCUUUUUGUGGGAGCAUCUUGCCUACCUCCGCAGCCAAUCCCCGUCCCCCAUCCUGGGGGCUGCGGCCAAUGGGAGAGCGGGAUCCCCCUCCCCUCCAGAGGCCACAACCCCGGGGACCCCCGUCCCCCCUUCCCAUUGGCUGAGGGCACGUGGGCCGGCCCCCUCCCCCUCCCCCCUGGACCCCUUUUGGAGAGGAGGGGGCUGCCGGGACCUGUGUCCAUCCUGGGUCUUUGGGGGGGUUUCCUGAAGCCCCCCAUUCCCACCCCUCGACCCUUUUUGGAGAGGAGGGGGCUGCCGGGACCUGUGUCCAUCUUGGGUCUUGGGGGAGUCCCCUGAAGCCCCCCACCCCUGGACCCUUUUUGGGGAGGAGGGGGCUGCCGGGACCUGGGUCCAUCCUGGGUCUUUGGGGGGGGUCCCCUGAAGCCCCCCAUUCCCACCCCUGGACCCUUUUUGGAGAGGAGGGGGCUGCCGGGACCUGGGUCCAUCCUGGGUCUUAGGGGGGUCCCCUGAAGCCCCCCACCCCUGGUCCCCUUUUGGAGAGGAGGGGGCUGCCGGGACCUGGGUCCAUCCUGGGUUUUGGAGGGGGGGUUUCCUGAAGCCCCCCUCUCCCACCCCUGGACCCAUUUUGGAGAGGAGGGGACUGCCGGGACCUGGGUCCAUCCUGGGUCUUGGGGGGGGGGGUCCCCUGAAGCCCCCCACCCCUGGACCCCUUUUGGAGAGGAGGGGGCUGCCGGGACACGGAUCCAUCUCGGGUCUUCUUAGGGGGGUCGGCUGAAGCUCCCCCCGGGCAGGGGGCUGGACCCAAUGGGAGAUGGGGGGUCGUCCAUCCUAGGAGUCCCUAGGCCCCGCCUGGCACCGCCCCCGUGCCCUAACCCCCCAGCUCCACGGCCGCGUGGGGAGGGGGUGGGAGGGGCGGCCCCGGGCGGCCCCGCGAAAGCCAAGCUGGUCCUCCUCGGUCUGCUGUACCUGGUGCAGGGGAUGCCCUACGGGCUCCAGUCCGGCCUGCUGCCCGUUUACCUGCGCUCCCGCGGCCUCUCGCUGACCCGCAUCGGCCUGACCAAGGUGCUCUACCUGCCCUGGCUGCUCAAGGUGGCCUGGGCCCCGCUGGUGGACCAGCGGGGCUCCAAGCGGGCCUGGUUGGCCCUGAGCACCGUGGCGCUGGCCGGGACCUGGGCCGCCUGUGCCGCCCUGCCCCCCGAGACCCACUUCGGGCCGUUGGCGGGCGCCCUGCUGCUCAUGAACCUGUGCGCCUCGGUGCAGGACGUGGCCGUGGACGGGCUGGCCGUGCGGCUGCUGGCCCCCCACGAGGUGGGCCUGGGCAACACGGUGCAGGUGGUGGGCUACAAGCUGGGCUCCCUGCUGGCCGGCGGCGGGCUGCUCACCGUCGUGCACCUCCUGGGCUGGGGGCCCCUCUUCACGCUCCUGGCUCUCGCUUACCUGGCGGCCGCCGGCGCGGCCUGGCGCGCCCCUCCCCUGCGUCCGGACCCCGGCGCCCCGGCCGCUGCCCCCCGGUGCCCUCGUCCUGCGCCCCCGAGCCCCUCCCACCUCCUCCGCGCCCUCCUGGAGGUGACCGGGACCCUCUGGACGGCCGGGUUCGUGCUGCUGUACAAGCUGGGUGAGCAGGGAGCCAGCGGCAUAUUUCCUCUCUUCCUGCUGGACCGAGGGAUGUCCGCCCGGGAACUGGGCCUCUGGAACGGGAUCGUGGCCGUGGGCUUCUCCAUCACGGGGUCCUCCCUGGCCGGAGUGUUCCUGGCCAAACACAGACAGCCGCUCCUGGUCCUCAGGCCCCUGCUGCUGCUGCGACUGGGUGGCCUGGUUUUCCAGUCAGCCCUGCUCUUCACCUUUGACGGGUCCAAGGCUUUCUUCCGAGGGGCUGCGGUGCUCAGCAUCUGCCUGCAGCACUUCGUGGGCGGGCUGGUCACCACCCUGACCUUCAGCCUCAUGAUGCACUGCUCCCAGCGUGCGGACGAAGCUAUCCAGGCCACACAUUACAGCUUCCUGGCCACGCUGGAGCUGGUGGGGAAACUGCUGCUGAGCACGGUGGCUGGGGGGCUGGUGGACAGGGCGGGCCCGGAGCCCUGCUUCGGGCUCUUCCUCGCCCUGUCCCUGGCAGCUGUGCUGUACCUGGACCGCGCGCCCGGCUCCCUCGGCUGACGGACAGGCUGGCGGGGAGAGGGGACCCUCGCUUCUCCAGCCCACGAGACGAGACCUCGGCGCUCCAGCCCCCUCGGGCUCCCCGUGGCCGAGGCGCCCGGGCCCGCCCCGCUCCGGACCUUCCCCUCGGGGCAGUGGGAUAGGACUGGCCGAGCCGGGCCGGGCCGAGGGUCGGGG